GAUUUGGUGACAACUGGGUGGAGACAUAAUGAAUCCCAUUUUGAUAAUUACAGCUUUGUCACUAAAUCUAAUAAACUGCCAGGAGUACGAGGACAUAGGAAUCUUGACUAACUACGACGGCGAUUUUGGGGCACUGUCGCAGGACGGAAACGGCCAACAAGACCAGUCCCAACAAGGAAACGGCAAACAAGGCCUGAGCGCAGGUAGCGGACUGAGAAGCAUUGCUGAGGGCUCGUUCAAUGCAGCCAGCGAUGCCGUCAACAAUCAAGACGCAGCUGGCUAUCAAGCUGCAUACGUUGCCAAGAACACACUGGCACAAUCUGCUGCUGGGUCAUCAGCGACAGCACAAGCAGCCUUGGCAGGCAAGCAGAUCCUGCUGCAAGGCCUGGAGCAGCAAUUCCGCGACGCCCAACAGAGCCUGAUGGGCGAGAAGCAGCAAUUGAUGCAGGCCCAAAGAGCGGCCGACGCCUCCAUGAAAGCGGCUCAGGAAGCCAGAGCCCACGUCAACGUCCUGACCAACACCCUGAACGCAGCCCAAGCCGCAGCCGACCACGUAACCCAAGCAGCAUCGGAGGCUGCAGGCGAGCUGGCAGCCCAACAGGCCAUGGUGGGAGCCGCGAUGCAACGUCUGGAAGCCAUUGGCAAACAGUUGGCCGGCGUCAGAAUCGACUUCGAAGCCACCAGAACUGCGGCCAUGAAGGCCCAGGCGGCCGCCCAGGCUGCAGCCGCCAACGCCGCAGCUGCGGCCGCUGCGGCUGCCGCCGAGCUGGGGAAGGCUGCCAAAGCUAUUCCUCCACCACCGCCACCGGCGCCCGCUCCCAAACCGGCCAAGGGUAACGGUGGCAAAGCUGGAGGAGGUGCUGGCGCUGGAGCGGGAGGUAAGGGCAAAGGAAAAGGAAAGGCAGCUUAUACAGAGGAUGAGUUCUAUAGUCCUUAUUACUACAUUGAAUAA